AAAUAGUUCGAUUAAAUCGUGGCUGCAUAUCGAAGUACAUUCAAUUAAAUAAGAAUACUUACUAGAGAGAAAGAGGGAGAGAGAGUGUGUGUUUACAACAAAUGACACCUACUGAUAUCUAAUUAUUAACUUAGCAAUGUUUACUUCAGCUAUUGAUUAAAAUGUCUAAUAAAUAAGAGUCGUAAUAAAUAAUCAUAAAAGAGUUGUGUACAUGUAUUCUUCAGAUUUUCCUCUCAAUAUACGUUAUUGUAAUUAUUAAAAAUUUAUUGAAAUGACAUCAAAACCUGAAAUUACUUUAGAACACUUUUAUAUUUUUAAUGGCACAUACGCAAAAAAAGAAGGCGAAGAGGAGAAAAAAAUACUUUAUUAUUACCCAGAAAAAGAAUUAGACGUGCAAAUAAAAAAUAUAGGUCUCAGCGAAGCAAUUAUUAAAUUUACAGAAUCUUUUAAUCCUGGCCAACCAUGCGAUUAUUGUCAUACACAUAAAACUCGACAAAUUUAUUAUCAACCAGAGCCAGAUUUUUGGAUGGUAAUGAUUGUUGGUGUACCAUAUAUUUGUAGAGAAAAGGAUGGUAACAAAUAUAUGGAAUAUCAAAAUGAUGAAAUUUCAAGUAGUGUUUGUCAAGCUAUAUUAAAACAAACUUAUAUAAUGUUCCGAUUAUUUAUGGGUUCUUUUGAAACAAUAAUCAAUGAUCCUGAUUGUGGCUCCAUAACUUUAUUAAAACAUAAACUUGAACAUUUCUUUUCAAGAUACCUGCUAUCGUUAAAAUUAAAUAACAGUGAUAUUUUGGAUGUUUUUCAAGGUUUACAAUUUUUACCUCUUGACAAAAUCACAUUUUUACAAGUACAAUGCUUUAUGAAUCUUAUAGAAGCAAUGUUUUCUCAAGUUAAAUAUACAGCAUUUCUUUACAAUGAUCAAGUUGUAUGGAGUGGAUUAGAACCAGAAGAUAUGCAAGUAGUAUAUAAUUAUUUAGUAAGUACAUUAUUACCAGCUCAUCUAGAAAAAGAAUUACAUGGAGGAUCAAUGUCUCGAAAUUCUCCAUCACCGUUCACAAGUUCUCAUUACGGAAAGUUUAUUAUUGGACCUUCGAGUAUUAAUGAACCAAGUUUGGUAGGGAAAUCUCCAACAGUUUUUAUUAAUUACUCAAGCAAACCUGUGUCUUUGUAUUUAGUUGUUUAUCGUGCAUUGAGUGCUACAAUAUGUCUUUUUGUUGAUAGUAAAACUAAUUUAUUAAUAGACUUCUUUAAGAGUCUAGACAGUUUUCUUGGUCCACAAUUAACUACAUUAGUUAGUUGUGUUGCUGAACAAUGUGCGAAGCAUGUAAUGGUGACACCGGAAUCGUCUACAAAAUAUUUAUAUUUCAAUAAACUUAAUCUAGCCUACAAGAGUACAAUACAUUUAGAUAAUAGAAGGUGUUCUAAUGUACUAACUACUCCUGAAGUGUUAAGAAUCAUUACUGACAUAUAUAAUGAUACUAAUGGUUUAAAAGAAGCCGGCGAGAUUAUUAUUAAAACUAUAAGUGAUUAUUGGGUUAUUGGAAAGUUAUCGAAUUUAAGAGAAUUUUUUGUUGUUAUACAACAAAAAAGUGCUAGCAUUCUUGAGAUCGAUGAUGAAGUAAAAAGACUUUGUGAUAAACAAUUAAAAAGUAUAUUUUUCCACUAAAUUAAACUUCAGUGUUUACAAAAAAUUGAGAAAAUGUAUAUUUCAACGAAUUAUAUUCAUUUUUGUUUGUAGUUAUUUUAUAAUCUGUUAUAAUAAACAAAGAUGCUUUUAAUUAUAUACAUAAAUA